AUGGUCCGUCUGCGGGAAAUCCCAAGGACGGCCACCUUUGCCUGGUCUCCUGGUGCCGCAUCUCCAUUGAUUGCCACCGGAACGAGGGCGGGUGCCGUCGACGUUGACUUCUCGAACAAGACUUGCCUUGAGCUUUGGGACCUUGGUCUAGACCGCCAGGACGCUAGCGAGGAGCUACAACCGCUAGCUAAGAUCGAAACCGAUGCUGGUUUCAACGACCUAGCAUGGACCGAUUUCGACGAUACCAAGCGUGGCGUGAUUGCGGGUGGUCUGGAGAAUGGCUCAUUGGAUCUGUGGAGCGCCGAUAAGCUGCUUUCAGGAUCAAGUGAUUCCUUGAUGUCAAGGACUUCGAAACACUCCGGCGCCAUCAAGGCUCUCCAAUUUAACCCCAAGCACUCCAACCUUCUUGCUACCGGUGGCGCGAAAGGCGAGCUGUUCCUCUCCGAUCUGAACAAUCUCGAGAACCCAUUUCGUCUGGGCAACAAUGCGGCCCGCACAGAUGAUAUCGAGUGCUUGGACUGGAACAAGAAGGUCGCUCACAUUCUGGUUACUGGUAGCAGUGCUGGAUUUGUGACCGUCUGGGAUGUCAAAACUAAGAAGGAAAGCUUGACCCUUAACAACAUGGGACGGAAGGCCGUUAGUGCAGUCGCAUGGGACCCCGAGAAGCCUACCAAGCUGAUCACAUCGACACCUCUUGACUCAGACCCUAUGAUCUACGUUUGGGAUCUGCGUAACUCCCACGCCCCAGAACGUACCCUGAAGGGCCACGAAUCCGGUGUGCUAUCGCUCUCUUGGUGUGACCAUGACCCCGAUCUCCUCCUGUCUUCUGGCAAAGAUAACCGCAACAUCUGCUGGAACCCACAGACCGGCCAGGCAUACGGCGAAUUCCCUGUUGUUACCAACUGGACCUUCCAGACUCGUUGGAACCCGCACAAUCCCAACUUCUUCGCCACUGCCUCGUUCGAUGGCAAGAUCUCGGUCCAGACCCUCCAGAACACCAAGACGGAUAGUGCACAGGCCAUCGACGAUCAGAAUCAAGCUUUGGACGGCGAGGAUUUCUUCGCCAAGGCACAGACACAACCCCAAGUCUCCAAGUUCUCUCUUCCUAAGCCUCCUCGUUGGUUAGAGCGUCCAUGUGGUGCCUCGUUCGGAUUUGGUGGUCGUGUUGUAUCUAUUGGCCUUGCUGACAAUGGUUCUCGCGCAUCAAAGAUCAAGAUCACUCCCUUCGAGGUUGAUGAGAGCGUUGGCAAUGCGACGGAAACUUUCGAGGCAGCUUUGAAGGAAGGUGACCUCCGAACUCUCUGCGAGACUCGUGCCACCAGUGCCGCGAAUGAGGAAGAGAAGGCCGACUGGAAGGUCAUUGAGGCCCUCCUCUCCGAAAACCCUAGAAAGGGCCUAGUCGAGUAUCUGGGCUUCCAGGACCAGUCUGCUGACGAAGCUGCCGACAGCUUGUCCAAGCUAGGUCUGGAUAAGAAGGAUGACGAGGAAACCAACGGAGCUCCUCAAAAGCCAAAGAAUGGAGCGAAGAAGCACAAGCGUCUUCAAUCUAUGUUCGAUGCCACUCCUGAUAGUGAUAACUUCCUUUCGGAUCUUGCUGCUUCAAAGGGUGCCCGCACCAACAACCCGUUCCAGAUCUUUAAUGGCUCUGAGAGCGAGGCUGAGCAGAAGAUCACUCGCUCGUUGCUUCUCGGUGAAUUCGACAAGGCUCUGGAUGUGGCUCUUCAGGAGGACCGCAUGUCCGAUGCCUUCAUGAUUGCUAUCUGUGGCGGUCAGAAGUGCAUCGAGAAGGCCCAGGAGUACUACUUCUCCAAGCAGACUGGUGGACCUAACUACAUGCGUCUGCUUGCCUCGAUCGUAGGGAAGAAUCUUUGGGACGUUGUGCAUAAUGCUGAACUUUCCAACUGGAAGGAGGUUAUGGCGGCUCUGUGCACAUUCGCUGACCAGAAAGAGUUCCCUGAUCUUUGUGACGCUCUCGGAGACCGUCUUGAAGAACUCGUCCGGGGUACUGAUGAUAAGGUUGUUCGUAAAGAUGCUUCAUUCUGCUAUCUUGCUGGCUCUAAGCUUGAGAAGGUUGUCGCCAUCUGGGUCGAAGAGUUGCGUGAGAAUGAACAAAAGGGCAUUGAGAACAAUGACGACAACUCAUCUUUCUCUAUCCACGUUCGUGCUCUGCAAGGUCUGAUCGAGAAGGUCACCAUUUUCCGCCAAGUCACCAACUUCCAGGAUGUGGAGCGGACCAAGGAGUCCGAUUGGCGCCUGGGAACAUUGUACGAGAAGUAUAUUGAGUAUGCCGAUGUUGUGGCUACCCACGGCCGUCUUCAGGUCGCUCAAAAGUACCUCGACCUCGUACCUGAGAAGCACCCCGAAGCCGAGGUCGCUCGCAACCGUAUCAGACUUGCUAUGAGACAAGCACCGCAGAAAGCCCAGCCUGCUACAACAGCAAGAUCAUCUAGCUUCAAGCCCCUCCCCCAACAGCCUAGUGCCUACGCGCCGCAACAAACAUUUACCCCAGCGGGAGCAGCAGCUGUUUCACAGAACCCGUACGCUCCAACUCAGCCUCCGGUCCAGGGGUUUGCUCCUCAAUCAGCAACUCCCGCCGUUCAGCAGCCACCUGUGAAUCCCUACGCUCCUCAGACUACUGCGCCAUCCCAGCCUGCCAACCCAUAUGCCUCUAUUGCUAGUGGCGGUGCUUAUAACCGGACCGGGUACCAGCCCGCUCAGGCUGUUGCUCCAGCUUACGCCCCGCAAGGACCUUUCGGUGGACAGCCUGCAGCUGGCGGAGUACCUCCUCCACCCCGUGCAUCUAACCAAUCGCCGGCUAAUAAUAUAACUACCUACACAACUGCUACUGGGCUUCCUGCGUGGAAUGACCUGCCCGAGGGCUUUGCCAAGCCUGCAUCUCGUCGCGGCACCCCUGCUGCAUCUCAGGCUGCUAUUAGCGCACCGUUUCCCCACCAGUCUCCUCCCUUGGCUCAAGGCCCUCCGCCGGCGGCUGGCCAACGUGCGCCAUCUGUCCCUCCUCCACCCAAGGCUGGAAGUCUUCCACAGCGUGUGACAUCUCCUCUGGCUUCAAACGUCGCCCCUGGUCCUUCUCCCCCACCGCCUGUUAACCCAUAUGCAUCUCUCCCUGGAUCCCCACCGGUGGGUAACAUGGCUCCUCCUGCUGCCUCUAUCCCCCGGGGGCCCUCGCCUUACAACGCUCCGCCAAGCAUGCCCCCACCAACAAAUAGGUAUGCACCCAGCCCGGCAGCUCAGGCUCCGGCCCCGCAGUUGCAGGCUCGAGCCCCGGUAGCACCGCCUCCGCAGUCCGUCGCCUCGCCGUACGCUUCUCUGGCAGCAGCUCAACCCCCACCGCCCAACCCUUACGCAUCCGCUCCACCACCGCCGGCUGCUGCUGUUCCACCGCCACCUCGGGCUCCGGUUGCUCCUCCGCCCCAAGGUCCUCGCCCUGGAGCAGCUCAGCCUCCCCAGGCAGCUGCCCCUCCUCCUCCAGCGGCACCGAAGUACCCUGCGGGUGAUCGUUCUCACAUCCCUGCCGACGCGUUGCCAAUCUACGAGAUCCUGAACCCUAAGAUUCAAUUCCUCGAGCCUCGCGCCCCCGAGAAGUUCAAGAAACAAACCCAAAGAUCCGCCAACUCAUUGAAUGAGAUUUUCGAUCGCAUCAACAAUGAGUCUUUCAGGCCCGACACCGUAUCGAAGCUAGUCAACCUGGCUCAAGCCGUUGAGGCCCGUCGCUAUGAUGUUGCUACCAAGAUCCACAGUGAUCUGCUAGUCAACAACAAUGAGGAAUUCAACAGCUUGCAGAUCGGUGUGAAAUACCUCAUCCAGAUGUGCUCAGCUACCUGGAGAGCGGAAGAGGCCCCUUCUCAGUCCCAGAUUCUUUAA